AUGGCGCAAAUCCGCGGCACCGCGGGAUACAAUCUCGGUCACCAAAAUCCCUUCGGCGGACCUGGUCGCGCAGAGGCUACAAGUGACCCUAGCCCCUUGGAUGCCAUUCGGGAACAGACUAGCAAGAUUGAAGAUUGGUUGGACACGUUGGCAGAUCCCGUCAAACCGUAUCUACCAGCCAUUGGCCGUUUCCUGAUCGUUGUCACUUUCAUUGAGGACAGUUUGCGAAUCAUUACACAAUGGAGCGACCAGCUCCUCUACCUGCGGGAAUACCGUAAAAGUAAGCUUGCUCUUGCCACUCACAGCAACGUUCCGUGGGGCAUCACACACACCUUCCUCAUUUUCAAUGUACUCGCUAUGUCGAUAUGCUCAUUCCUGGUUAUUGCUCGUAAACACACUGAAAUCGCUGUCGCCGGUCUGUUGGGUGUCGUCGUCACCCAGGGCCUUGGAUAUGGACUCAUCUUCGACCUCAACUUCUUCCUCCGUAACCUGAGUGUUAUCGGCGGUCUCCUCAUGGUUCUCUCCGACUCAUGGGUCCGCAAGAAGUUUGUUCCGGCUGGUUUGCCCCAGCUUGAUGAGAAGGACCGCAAGAUGUACGUUCAGUUCGCUGGUCGUGUCCUGCUCAUCUUCCUCUUCGUCGGAUUCGUCUUCUCCGGCCAGUGGAGCUUCUGGCGCAUUCUGGUCAGCUUGUUCGGCCUCGUCGCAUGCGUUAUGGUCAUUGUGGGAUUCAAGGCCAAGUGGAGCGCAAUCAUCCUGGUGGUGUUGCUGAGCGUCUUCAACAUUUUGGUCAACAACUUCUGGACCCUCCACCCCCACCACCCCCACAAGGAUUUCGCCAAGUACGAUUUCUUCCAGAUCCUGUCUAUUGUCGGUGGUCUCUUGCUUCUGGUCAACAUGGGCCCCGGCCAAUUGAGUAUGGACGAGAAGAAGAAGGUCUACUAA